AUGGCAGCUACGACUCUUUCCAUCGCAACCACAAUCCGUUCCUCAUCUUUUUCUUCCGGUCUUGCUUCCGCACAUCACUUCCCUUCUCGACCCCUCUCGAUAGAAUUCCCCUUUAGCUUUGGUGUUUCUUCUUCUUCUACGCUCAGCCACCGUGCAAUCUACCUCCAUCCUAUAUCCGCUGUCAAAACUCCUAAGAAAAUUAAGAAGAUUGGAUCCGAGAUCUCGUCUCUAACCCUCGAAGAAUCCCGCAUCCUCGUCGACUAUGUCCAGGACAAGUUCGGUGUUUCAAUACUCUUUUCAGCACCUGCUGCAGCGGCUUUACCUCCUCCCCUUGACAAUGGUGGUGCGACGGCUUCUGUGGAGAGGCAGACCACAUUCGAUGUGGUUAUCAAUGACGUUCCACGUGGUAAUCGUAUUGCCGUGAUCACAGCCAUUAGGGCUAUGACUAGCUUGUCGUUGAGUGAAUCGAAAGAGCUAAUAGAAGGGUUUCCGAAGAAGUUUAAAGAAGGCGUGACCAAAGAUGAAGCAGAAGAAGACAAGACACAGCUCGAAGAAGCUGGUGCCAAGGUUUCCAUUGUUUAAGUUUUAACAAUCGGA